UCCUCCAAUCGGCGGGACGCUAAAAAAACCAAAGGUUUUGCCAGUUUUUUCGCAAAGCCCAGAAACGACUAUACCUCUUUUCUCUUCUCUACUCUUUUUCGUUCUAAAAUCUAACUGCUCUCCAUUGCCACCCAAAAUAUUAAAAAAAAAAAAAUCAAAAACUCUUUGCUCCCACAAACUUAAAAGAAAUUAUUCGAUUUCUUCUCCAAGAAUCCUUUAAUUUUGACUUUCUUUCAACAGAUCUGUGCAACAGCACCCUUCAGUUUUCACUCAAAUUUACGAUCUAACCCUUUUUUUCUUUAACUAACAAACCCUAGCUUCUUUGUUUUGUUUAGGACAACCCUCGGAUUUGCCAUUAUUUACGGCGCUACCCCUUUGCAACAAACCCUAGUCUUCAAUUUUUUUAAGUUGUGUACAGAUUUCGGUUUUUCUAGGGUUUCGAAUCUUUUUUUUUUUUUGAGUUUAGGGUUGUGAUAUGAAUAGUAGAGGGAGGUAUCCACUGGGGAUCGGCGUUGGUCGGGGCGGCGGAGUGAACGCUAACCCUAAUUUUCAGUCGAGGCUUCCGCAACAGCACUACGUGCAGAGAAAUUUGGUGCAGAAUCAUCAUCAGUUUCAACAUCAACAACAACAACAACAUCAACAUCAGCAACAACAGCAACAGCAGUGGCUCAGGCGAAACCAUUUACCCGGCGGCAAUGACACCAGUGUUGUCGAUGAGGUCGAGAAGACCGUACAAUCUGAAGCCGUCGACUCAAGUUCACAAGAUUGGAAGGCAAGGCUAAAGAUACCACCACCAGAUACACGCUACAAAACAGAGGAUGUGACAGCUACCAAAGGAAAUGAAUUUGAAGACUAUUUUCUGAAACGUGAACUUCUUAUGGGAAUAUAUGAGAAAGGUUUUGAAAGACCAUCUCCUAUACAGGAAGAGAGUAUUCCCAUUGCUUUAACUGGAAGUGAUAUUCUUGCUAGAGCCAAAAAUGGAACUGGGAAGACAGCGGCAUUUUGCAUUCCUGCCUUGGAAAAAAUUGACCAAGAUAGCAAUGUUAUUCAAGCUGUUAUACUUGUUCCGACACGAGAACUUGCUCUUCAGACAUCACAAGUGUGCAAGGAGCUGGGGAAGCAUUUACAGAUUCAAGUUAUGGUCACAACGGGAGGUACCAGUCUCAAGGAUGAUAUCAUGCGAUUGUAUCAACCAGUCCAUUUGCUGGUUGGAACCCCAGGCAGAAUUAUAGACCUUGCUAAAAAGGGUGUUUGCAUUUUGAAAGAUUGUUCAAUGCUUAUCAUGGAUGAGGCAGAUAAACUUUUGUCUCCAGAGUUUCAACCUUCUGUAGAGCAGCUGAUACGUUUUCUUCCAGCAAACCGUCAAAUUUUGAUGUUUUCAGCCACAUUUCCUGUUACUGUUAAGGACUUUAAAGACAGAUACCUACAAAAACCUUAUAUUAUUAAUCUAAUGGAUGAGCUUACUCUGAAGGGUAUUACACAAUAUUACGCUUUUGUGGAAGAAAGACAGAAAGUCCAUUGCCUAAAUACUCUUUUCUCUAAGCUGCAAAUAAACCAAUCAAUCAUUUUCUGCAACUCGGUGAAUCGGGUGGAACUGUUGGCCAAGAAGAUUACAGAACUUGGCUACUCUUGCUUUUAUAUACAUGCAAAGAUGCUUCAGGACCAUCGUAACAGAGUAUUUCAUGAUUUCCGCAAUGGUGCAUGCAGGAACCUUGUCUGUACUGAUCUUUUUACAAGGGGUAUAGAUAUACAAGCUGUGAAUGUUGUUAUUAACUUUGACUUUCCCAAGAACUCAGAAACAUACCUUCAUAGGGUUGGUCGAUCAGGAAGGUUUGGUCAUCUUGGAUUAGCUGUGAAUUUGAUCACUUAUGAGGACCGAUUUAACUUGUAUAGGAUUGAACAAGAACUUGGGACUGAAAUUAAGCAAAUUCCUCCACAUAUUGAUCAGGCUAUUUACUGUCAGUGAUUUAUGGUGGAUGUUUCCUGUUUAGCCUACGAUGGUAAAAAUGGGUUAAUGAAGCUGGCCAUUCAAGUUGUCCAUCCUUGCACGUGUGUGCAUUCUAAAAAUUAGGUGGUGUUGGUGGAAGACUUUUGGUUGGUGCUGUAUGCAUUGUAACCCUUGAAUGCUUCUACUGAUUUCUUAAAUUUCAUAGUCCUGAAACGCUUAGAUGAGCCGUGCUUUUGAUUUAGUUAACAUAUGGUUACGUGAUGCCUACUUAUAUGCUAGUCUGAUCAUCAUGGAAUUGUUUUAAGUUGGGAGAAAUUUAUGUUUUUGUGUUGUUUCUGUUGCUGCAUUUGCUCCUCUGUCAUUUCAAUAAAUAAAAGCAUCUGACGUUUAAAAAGAAA